CGUGUUGCUGGGGCGGCACGGCAUAUCGUGCCCUAAGGCGCAUUCCAAUGGACAUCGAUGGCUCUGCUCCAAACUUGAGGCUCGAAUCGGAACUUAAACGUCAGCGCCCGUUCCGUGCGGCUGUAAUAUUGCAAAAUGGCACCAGAGAAACAGUUCCUACGCACCAGGACCUGCCAGACUACCUCAUAUGCUACCUCGCGCUGCGUAUACCUGCGGUUGCUUUCAAUGUCCCGGUGGAGAUCAGCACAGGAGAACUGCGCAGGCAGCUCACUUCGACGAACCCUCACAUCUCUCUAUUGUACCUUGAUUCUCCGAUCACAUGGCCAUCACUCGAACGCUCUAGUCUUGACGAAACUCGCAUAGCCACGGACAGCUGACGAGAACGUCUAGGACUCAACUCUGGUGCGGCCUCGGUGUUAGCCAGCCGCCACCUUCCUGUCUUGUGGGUGCGAGGAGUGAGAGGCCCCUUACAGCCACAAACGACUGGGGAAUACAAUACUACAGGUGCGUAUUUACGUGAUUUCCGCCCUUGCAUACUCGGCCGCUCCGUUUCCAGGUGCCUCCCUGCGGCUUUCAGCCGUUGCUUCGCGCUCGUCCCAUCCGACACGUUGAGCACGUUCCACUGGAAGUGCUGUCGGUCGGCCACUUCCAAAAGAAUGCUUUAGUCUCGGUAAACUUUGCAUGGUCGUGAACAACUGAUUAUUUCCUUCGUCAUAUGUAGGUCCAUUAUUUGAUACCAUGCACGUUCUUCGGGGCAGACUGUUCAGUGGAUAUAUUAUGCUAGCAAACUUCGAGGCAUCCUGUGUAUGCCGCUAACCAUAAUCGACUAAGUUGC